UCCCGAGCGGCCGAAUAGGAAAGCAGAAACACGCUUCCACGGACCAUCAGAUUUGCCCGCGUUUCGGCCCGUAUCAAUGGGGUGCCGUGUCUUCUAGAAGGCGGCCGUCGGUGCUGCUCCCAAGACAUCGUUUGAAAAAAAAACUCUGAAGGGCCCAUGGGCACGGAUCGCUAUCGUGAGGCUUGCGCCAUUUUCCCAUGCAAAUGCACAUGCUUCCGAGAGCAACGACAUGGAAAAGACGCUGCUUGCAACAGUUCGUAUCUAUACAAGGCUCAUUCAAAACAUGCCUGCAUCCACGGCCAUGUCGGCCAGCAUCUCCUACACCCGUUGGUCAGCUUACGUUCGCAAAUCAUCAUCGCGUAGUUCACAGGGAACGAGGCACACGCGAACACUAUCCAUGCCAUCGAUCUCUGAUGAGUGAUAAAAGCCGUAGUGGGCGAAAUGGCCGGCUAUCACGUCAAAGAGGGCGGGCUGCGGGCUGCCAGACCGUUUUGCAGAACAUGCUGGUCUUGGUGGGUGGCCUCCUACCUCUGCAUCAUCUCUGUUGACC